UCCACCUGAUGUGUUGGAUCUGUUUGUUCCUUUAAACCAAAAUAAGAGCGUGUACCAAGACAUGGGGGACUCCAACAUCAGCCACUUGGUCGCAGCGUAUACAGAGAUGCAGAAGAUUCACCCAACAGGACAAAUCGAUCACUAUAUGGACAGCUACGAUACGGACUACGGCAUCUCUCCUGAUGACAUCCCAGACACCACGAAGGGCCAGGCCUUCUUUGUGGCCACCAUUGUUAUUGGAACGGUCCUCGUCUGCAUAAUGCUCGUCUGUGGGAUGGGAAACUUCAUAUUCAUUGCCACGCUGACCCGCUACAAGAAGCUCCGCAACCUCACCAACCUGCUCCUCGCCAACCUGGCCAUCUCAGACUUCAUCGUGGCGGUGGUGUGCUGCCCGUUCCUGGUGGACUACUACGUGGUGAAACAGCUUUCCUGGAGCCACGGCCUGGUUCUGUGCUCCUCCGUCAACUACCUGCGGACGGUGUCCCUCUACGUGUCCACAAACGCUCUGCUCGCCAUCGCCGUCGACAGGUACAUGGCUAUAGUCCAUCCGCUCCGGCCUCGUAUGAAGUACCAAACCGCCUACUGCCUGAUAACAGGAGUCUGGGUUGUUCCCAUUCUGAUCUCCAUUCCCUCCGCCUACUUUGCCUCUGAGACCAUGUACCCUCAUGGCGGCACCAGCCCCACCACUCACAAAAUCUUCUGUGCGCAGAUCUGGCCCGUGGACAAGCAGGCCUACUACCGCUCCUACUUCUUGGCGGUUUUUGCCGUGGAGUUUGUGGGGCCUGUGAUCAUCAUGGCUAUGUGUUACGCCCAAAUCUCCCGUGAGCUCUGGUUCAAGAACGUCCCGGGUUUCCAGACGGAGCAGAUUCGGAAGCGGCUGCGUUGUCGCCGCAAGACGGUGAUGGUCCUCAUCGGGAUAUUGUCGGCAUACAUCCUGUGCUGGGCCCCGUAUUACGGCUACACCAUCCUGAGGGACUUCCACCCGACGCUGAUCUCGAGACAGAAGAACUCGCUGGUGGCCUUCUACAUCAUCGAGUGCAUUGCCAUGAGCAACAGCAUGAUCAACACCUUCUGUUUUGUGAGCGUCAAGAACAACACAGUGAAGCACCUGAAGAAGAUAGUGCUGCUGCGCUGGAGGUCGACGUAUGCCCCCAGUAAGACCGUGGAUGAGCUGGAGAUUAGGACCUCCUCCAUGCCUGUGACGGAGGAGAUUGAAUGUAUUCAGCUGAGAUGAAGAGGAGGAAGACCUGUUAUCGAACAGUCAGAGUCAUUGGGACUAUUGAUCUACAGAAAUUACCUAGCCGACAGUAACAAUGGUGCGAUUGCCUCGUGUUUAAAAUAGUUGGUAUAGAGCUCAAGCACCAGGCAGCAGAGAGAAAAGUGGAACCCGAACACUGCAAGGUUUAAUGGGGCAGCAGAGCUCAAACUUUCUUUGUUAGUAGAUACAGUUAUUCUGUUCAGGCCAUCAUGUGAAUGUGAUUGUUGUGCAUGCAUUAGGAAAUAUUGUAACUUGUCGUAUUUUUUAAAUAUAUAGAAGAUCUUGAGGCUUCUAUCGAUUGUAUUGUAUUUCCUUUACCUGUUUUGUUGUAAUUACAGUAAUGUCAAAAAAACUAUUAAUGUUAAAGAAAUGCUUUCGUUGAGUGACGCUUUCCUAUUUUAAAUGUUGUGUUUUCUCUGAAGGUAACUGCUCAGGGUUUUUCUGUACAGAAGUAAUUAUUGUGUAAUUGUGUGUAUCUGAGGUACAGGAAACAUCCAGCAUAUUGACCACUGCUUUUAAAAGUGGUAGAUUCAUAUAUUUCUUUGAGAAUGUGUCUUUAAAAAGAGACCAUUUGCUUGCAUGUUUUCUUUGUUGAGAAACGCUUAAUAAAUGACAUGAUACUGGGUAGAAAAACUUUUCGCAAUUCAUGUGCUUUGUGUAAUUUACAUGUAACGUAUCAUUGGUUAUCAUAGUUAAUCUGUUGUCUUCAAAUCCAUAAUACUUCACUGCCUACAGCAAUGACCCUGGCCUAAAACAGUUGUGGGCUGAUGCACCUUGGAGGCCCAGAAGAGUUCUACUAGAGCUAGUUCACAACUUUAAGUUUAUUUUUCAACUGCUGGGGGGGUGCAUUGUGUAUUUUACACAAUACAUUUAAUUGUACACUAUAGAGUUACUGUAUUAUUCUGUGGAUCUGUCUAGAGAGCUGCAAAGCAUUGUUACUGGAAAAAGAUCAUC